AUGGGCGAAAGCCCCGCCGUUGAACCGCCAGAAAAGCCCACAUGUGAAGCUCCCGAUGCGAACGAAGCCGCCGCAUGUACCGUAGUGCCUGUCUUGGCGGCUGUGUACUCUACAGCAGUUCCGAGCGCCGUAACGCUGCCUGACGGCGAAGCCACGAUUAUUGUUGCCACUGACAACGUGGGCACGGCGGCGGAUGCCCGCAAGCGGCUGUACAUGAGCGUGGCGGUAACCUACCUUGCUGCACUGUCGUUCGGCCUUUCCAUGGCCUACUCGUCGCCAGCGCUUCCGGGCAUACGGAAGGUCAUGGAAUUCAGUGACAGGGACAGCGACUGCUUCGGCUCCCUCGUCACUCUUGGUGCAGUCAUCGGUGGUGUAAGCGGGGGACGUCAGCUGAGCGUGACCGGACGGCGCGGCACCCUGAUCGCCGCAUCCGCUUGGUAUAUGAGUGGUUGGGCCUGUUUGGCGGUGGCCACUCCCAAAGCAGCGCUGUUCAUCGGCCGUCUGCUCACGGGCGUCGGUACCGGUAUGGUGGCGCUCGCCGUCACCGUCUUCAUAUCGGAGAUCUCGCCCUCCGAUCUGCGCGGGCGGCUUAACACGGGUGCCAAUCUGGUUCUGUCCUCCGGAAUCCUGGUAGUCUUUGUGCUGGGAAAGUUUUUCAGCUUCUCGAUGCUUGCCAUCUACUGCAUGGUACCAGCGGCCGUCAUGGGCAUCUCGCUGCUCUGGUGCCACGAAUCCCCACGAUGGCUGCUCAAGAACGGCUUGAGGGAUCGUGCGGCCGCGGCCCUGCGUUUCUACGUCGGUCCCUUCGCCGCCACUGAGCUAGCCGCAAUGGAGCAGGCCCUCGCGCACCGAGGUGGGGAGGCUGAAGCGAGCUUCACGCUGCGAGACCUGACCUCGCCGCGCAUCUACCGGUCUUUCCUGUGCGUCCUGCUGGUAAUGAGUAUGCAGCAACUGUCGGCCAUAGGUAUAAUCAUUACGUUCGCCCAGGACAUCUUCGAGGAGGCCGGCACGUCAGUGUCGGCGGAAAACGCGGCGAUUGCUGUGGCGGCCAUUCAAGUGGUCAUGGUGGCAUUAGCCACGGUCCUCGCCGAUCGCCUGGGCCGGAAAGUGCUGCUUCUCUUCUCAUCAGCCGCGUCCUCGGUAAGCCUCGCAGUGCUCGGCCUGUCCUUCCACAUCAAAGCGACCGUGGGGGACAAGUUCGUGAAGGCCUUCGGCUGGUUACCAUUGACCAGCCUAUGCGCCUUCUUCGUGGGCUACUCCGUUGGCCUAGGCCCUUUGCCGUGGGUGCUUCUGGGUGAGAUGAUCCCCCUGAAAGCCAAGGGAUUCGUGACGGGGACUUGCACCGCGAUUUUGUUCGCCGAAGCGUUCGUCCUCACUAUAAGCUACAACAGCAUCCGUGCAAUCCUGGGCACUGCGGCGACCUACUGGAUGUUCAGCGCAUUUCUCGCUGCGAGCUUCGUUCUCGUUUUCGUAUUUGUUCCCGAGACAAAAGGGAAGGACCUGGAACAAAUUGAGCGCCUUUUCGGACCUACCACAUCGUCACCGCUUGGAUCGUUAGCGAAGAGUGACGCUUCGAAUGCGAUAUAG